AUGAAUGCUCAUUUUUCAUUUUCUUAUUUCUCUUCUUGUCACUUAUGUUUACUUGGUUUUCUAGCCUUGUUUAGCAUCUCCUUGACUGAUCAAAACUCCGAUCAUGUAUUUUGCAUUGAGGGCGAGAGACAAGCACUUCUCCGGUUUAAGAACGGUCUCACUGAUGAAACAAAUCGACUUAAUUCAUGGGUUGAUAAGGAGAGAGACUGUUGUAGUUGGGUUGGGAUUGUUUGUGAUAAUUCUACCGGUCAUGUCCAUCGGAUUCAUCUUCCUGGACCUGAUGAUCAUUGUAAUUUUGAAGAUUAUGGUACCCCGAAAGAAUAUGAAGAAGCAUCAAAGCAAAGGCUGAAAGGGGAUAUAAAUCCAUCCUUGUUGGACCUAAAGCAACUCAAGCAUUUGGAUUUGAGCUGCAAUGAUUUUGGAGGGAUCCAAGUUCCUAAAUUCAUUGGUUCUCUUGAAAAUCUAAAGUAUCUUAACUUAUCGAGUUCCAACUUUGGUGGAACUAUCCCUCCUCAACUGGGGAAUCUCUCGGAGUUGCACGUCCUUGCUCUUGGAAGUUUCCACAAUCGUUUUGUCCCAAUAAAAACAAUCACGUGGAAUAUGCAAUGGUUGUCAGGUCUUCGUUGGUUGCAUCAUCUGGAUAUGAGUGGCGUAAACCUUAGCGAAGCAACCGACUGGCAUCAGGUGAUUAACACCCUACCGUCUUUGGUCGAACUACAUUUGUCUAAUUGUGAACUCCCACAUAUACAACCUCACGUUCCUAGUCUUAAUCUCACAUCCCUUUCUUUUCUUGAUCUUUCUUUUAACGAUUUUAACAGUCCAAUGCCAUCAUGGAUAUUCAAGUUAACUAAUCUAGUUUCACUGGAUUUAAGUGGGUGUAACAUCCAUGGCAUUAUUUCUAGUAGUAAUUAUAGCUUCCGUAAUUUGACUUCGCUCAAGUUUCUUUAUAUCUAUGGGUACGAUUUUAUGAAUUCUCCAUUACUGUUUGAAGAGUUGUCUAGUAGUAAACUCAUCUCAUUGUAUAUUAGUUCUUGUAGUGUUUCAAGUUUACUUCUCAAUUCACUUCGAAACUUAACUUCUCUUCGUAGUCUUGACCUUUCAUACAAUCAACUCACCAAGAAAGUACCUAAAUCAUUGGGUAACCUUUGUAACUUGAAAGAAAUUGAUUUAUCAGGUAACCAUUUUGGUCAAAUUAGUUUAACAAACCUUCUUGAAAGUUUUUUUGAUUGUGAAUCACCUCGUUUGGAGUCAUUAUCCAUAAGCAACUCGGAACUUUCUAGUCCCAUUCCAUCUGUGAUCGGACGUUUAUCAUCAUUGCAGAAGUUAUAUAUGUCAGAUAAUCGAAUUGAAGGCAGCCUUCCUGAUAGCCUUGGUCAACUUUCCAAGCUAAGCACUUUAGAUUUUUCUUACAAUUCGAUGACGGGUGUUGUGUCGGAAGCUCACUUUGCCAAACUAGUGACCUUGAAUUAUUUGGAUGGUACAGGCAACAACUUAACCUUAAGACUGCAAGUUGCAAACUGGAUUCCCCCUUUCAAGUUGCAGUUCUUACGUUUGAACUCUUGGCAUUUGGGCCCCCAAUUUCCACUUUGGCUUCAAUUUCAAAGGAACUUAAGUCACUUGGACAUAAGCAACACACGCAUAUCUUCACAAAUUCCUGAGUCAUUUUUCGGAUCGUUCCCUAAUCUAUCUUAUUUAGAUAUGUCAGAUAAUCAAAUUCAAGGAAUGUUAACGUUUCCGGGUAUCCCAUCAACAAUUGAAGUACUUGUUUUGAACUCUAAUGAGUUUUCCGGAUCAUUGCAUCAUUUGCUGUGUUCCGAUGGUGUGAAACAGACAAGGGAUCUUAAUUUGGGAAAUAAUCAUUUAUCGGGUGUCAUUCCGGAGUGUUGGGAAAAGUGGCCGGAUUUAGUACUAUUGAACUUGGAGAACAACAAUCUGUCUGGUGAGAUUCCAAGAACAUUGAGCUCUACGUCUUCCCUACAGUUCUUGAGCAUGUAUGGGAACAUAAUAUCAGGAAGUUUACCUUCUUCUCUAAUGACCUUAUCAAACUUAAAAAUUCUUCAACUUGGCAGAAAUAAACUUGUUGGAAACAUUCCAACAUCAAUUGGAACAAAGCUCACAUUUUUGAGAAUUCUCAACCUUAGAUCUAACAAUUUCAAUGGAAAUAUUCCUCAAGAGUUAUGUUAUCUUUCACACAUACAGAUACUGGAUCUCUCUCGUAACAACCUCUCUGGAAAUAUUCCAAGAUGCUUCAACAACUUUAGCGUCCUUUCGGGUAAAGAAACUAAUUCAGAUGUACAGUUUUCUUUUUAUGUUGGUUUUGCGUCAUUUGUUGCUAUUGUUGGUGAUUCAUUUGUUACGAAGGGAAGAGAGGAAACAUAUAGCAGCAUUCUUCCACUAGUGAUGUUGUUAGACCUUUCAAGUAACAGUCUCGUGGGACACAUUCCCAACGAACUAACGUCCCUCUUCAAGUUAAAAUCAUUGAAUUUAUCAAGAAAUCAAUUGAGUGGAAGCAUCCCAGAGAAGAUCGGAGACAUGAAAGAACUUAUAUCGUUAGAUUUAUCAGUAAACAGGCUUUCUGGGGAUCUUCCCAUAAGCUUGUCAAGGUUGAAUUUCUUGAGUAGCUUCAACGUGUCAUACAACAAUUUGAUAGGAAGAGUUCCAACAAGUACUCAAAUUCAGAGCUUCAAUGAGUCCAGCUUCUUUGGAAACAAACUUUGUGGAGCUCCUGUAACUAAUAGUUGUGUACUAGUUGAAGUACCCACUCAAAAUAAACAAGAAAAAAGAGAAGACCAUGGAAUAGAUAUGGGAUUGAUUAUUACCAUAGUCGUUGGAUUUGUUACUGGGUUUUGGAUCAUUGUGGCUCCAUUGAUGUUCAGCAAUUCAUGGAGGAAUGUAUAUUUCCGUUACUUAAGUAAAUUGAUCAAGAUACGUGGUUUAUGAUGUUAUGCAUAAGUAAGUUGUGAUAUGUUUCCUAGUGAUGUAAAAAAGCCUUGGUUUUAUACAUGUUUUUCUUUGAAAUAUGCACCCUUUGUAUUAAAUUAUAUUACAAA